GCCAUCUAUUGAUUGAGACUCAAACAACUGCCUUCCAGCUUCGUCUUCUGUCACAGUCAUACCUCACAAACACGUCCGAGACGCGACACCGCGAUCACAACGCUCAACGGCCCUCGGAAGCCACGCCUUACAUCACCUCGUGACUCAGCUCCGCAACGACGAGUCACGCCUACCUGCUGAUAAACACCGCGAACCUCUUUGAUCCAGUCGUCACAUCCACCCUAUCACGAGCUGUUGUUGCUGUCUCUUUGUCUUGCUGACCCGGACGUCACAAAGACAUCCACCUACGACACCUCGUCCCUGUUCUGUCCGACUCUAAUACUAUCCAACUAUCAACAGACACCAAGGUGUCCAUUCAGGUCUAGGCCACUCCUCUGCAGCCAGAUCGCAACAUAGGACGUUCAAACACUACAUUCCCCCAACACCGAGCUCGCAACAGCUCGAAACCCCUCAUCAUGUCCUCUGAGCAGACCUUCUCCAACGCCGACCUCCGCGCCACUGCUCAAGACUACAAGCGCGAUGCUUCUCACAAGCACAAGUGGGCACUCGGCUCAACGGGAGGUGUAGGCCGUGCUCCUGCGAAGCCCCGACCUCAUCGUCCUUCCGAGACCGAGUACAGCUUCAAGCGGCGCGAGAACAAGAGUGCGGUAGCUUCAUUAGCUCACGGAGCUAAGGUCGCCCGCAAGCACGAUAUGCUCGAAGGUGCAGCCAUUACGGACGACUCAUCAGGUAGCAACUCGGACGAGUACGACGACACUCCCUCCCCACCCGUCGACGCCGGCGUCACCUAUUCCUUUGAUGCAGCCCGCUCGCCAAGUCAAGGCAGCCAGAUCCUCAACGUCGCCCUCGCAAAGGCCGUGGAGAAGUUCGAGGACCGCGAGACCGCCAAGCUCGUGAAGAAGGAGUAUGAGAUGUUGGACUCAGACGGUGAAGCUGUCAUCAUGAGCCCGGAGAAGAAGAAGCGAGGCAAGAAGACCGAUGCCGAUGGCCUGGUGAUCCUUCGUAACGCAGACGAGGAAGAGUAUGAGUUCUUGUGAGCUCAAACCACCAGACACGACCUGCAUAUGUAAUGAGGGGCAUGGUAACGGAUAUGGCGUUGGGAUACAUGUACUCGGAGCGGGUUUCCCUCGGGAUUGACGACGACGACAUCUUCUCGACAUCCUUGACAGUUUGAGACUGUCUGACAGCAUUAGGGACGUUGGAAUCGCGGACUGCAUUGUGUGUUAAUUGUUUGCAUAUCAUCAUCUGGCAAGGUCAUGAGAAGGAGUGCCAGAACCUGCUCGUUGAGCCUAGCCUGUGCUAGCAUUUGGCGUUUCUUUGAGGACAUGAGAUUGCGAAGAUACCCUAUUAGUGUGCGGCUGAGUUGGAGACGCUGCUGCUAUUACUGUUUUUAGUCGUUGGGAAUGAGCAUAAGACGCCUUUUUCAGUCAAUUGGCUGAGGCGUGAU